UGCAGAGAGAGAAAGCUCUGAUCUCUAGUUGCAUUCAUUCUCACGAGUGUCUCAGACCAGCUACAAAGAACCAGCUUUUUAUCCUGUGCUAAUGAAACAGGAUCCGAGAGGGAUCUACCUGUCUGGUAAUUGAACUUGUGAAGAAAAAGGACCAGGAGUCUUGAGGUGAAGGUGGCUUGUGUGGGGACUGUAACAUUAUGGAGACUGUGCGAUGGGGCUGCUCAUCAUCCACUCUCCACUGUGUUUAACUUUUUUACAGGGGGAUAAAGAGAAAAUGUGCUGACAGCAAUUGCCCAGCAGAAGCAGCUUCAAGCUGGUGAAGAUGGAGAACAGCACAGGGGAUGAACAGAACCAAACAGGACUGCUGCCAAGCCAAGAGGUGAUUAAUAUUGACUACCAAGUAGUUACCAUUCUCUUGGUCCUCCUAAUCUGUGGACUGGGCAUAGUGGGCAAUAUCAUGGUGGUGCUGGUGGUCCUCAGGACCAAACACAUGAGGACCCCCACUAACUGCUAUCUGGUGAGUCUGGCUGUGGCUGAUCUCAUGGUGCUGGUGGCUGCAGGACUUCCCAACAUCACCGAGAGCCUGUAUGGAUCCUGGGUCUAUGGCUACGUGGGAUGUCUCUGCAUUACGUAUCUCCAAUACCUAGGCAUCAAUGCUUCUUCUUGUUCCAUCACCGCCUUCACUGUUGAGAGAUAUAUUGCCAUCUGCCACCCUAUCAAAGCCCAAUUCCUAUGUACUUUUUCAAGAGCCAAAAAGAUCAUUAUUUUUGUCUGGGCUUUCACCUCCAUAUACUGUACCCUCUGGUUUUUCCUGCUAGAUCUCAACACAGUAGCCUACAAAGAUACCAUCAUUGUUUCUUGCGGCUACAAGGUGUCCAGGAGCUACUACUCCCCUAUAUAUAUGAUGGACUUUGGUAUAUUUUAUGUUGUGCCAAUGAUAUUGGCCACUGUCCUCUAUGGACUGAUUGCCAGAAUAUUGUUCCUGAAUCCCAUCCCUUCGGAUCCAAAAGAAAACCCUAAGACACGGAAAAACAACUCAACUCACCAAAACAAGACUAUGAAUUCCAAGAUGACUAACAGGGGUUUCAGUAGCACUAUUGCUUCUAGAAGGCAGGUUACAAAGAUGCUGGCUGUGGUUGUGAUCCUGUUUGCAUUUUUAUGGAUGCCCUAUAGGACAUUGGUUGUUGUAAACUCCUUUCUCUCCAACCCUUUCCAAGAAAAUUGGUUCCUAUUAUUUUGUAGAAUCUGCAUUUAUCUAAAUAGUGCCAUCAACCCUGUGAUUUACAAUCUCAUGUCCCAGAAAUUCAGAGCAUCCUUCAAGAAACUCUGCAAUUGCCAGCAGAAACAGUCAGAGAAACCUGCCAGUUACGGUGUGGCACUAAACUACAGUGUCAUCAAGGAGUCUGAUCACUUCAGCACUGAACUAGAAGACAUUACUGUCACCAAUACCUAUCUGUCCUCUACAAAAGUGUCCUUUGAUGAUACCUGUUUAUCCUCUGAGGUGAUGUGAGAAUGAAGAAAGAUGUUUCUCUUUCCAUGCUGCUUCAUCUCUCUUAAUUUCAGGCCUAAAGCUUAUGUCAUUCUGGAUCACUCUGGUCUUUAUUAAUAUUUUGAUGCAAUAUUUACGACAGCCUGUGUUAAACCAAGAGUUGUUUCUGCUCACAGACUCCAGGAGCUACUGUACAUCUCUACACAUCUGUCUUCUGGCUUUAAGCAAAAGCAGACUCAUGGGGCGGGAGAAAAUAUGCUAAGAGCAUGAUUCAUCAAAAUAUCUAAGUGUGUGUGUAACUUUACCAUGACUUCAGUGGGAUGACACAUUUGCUUAGUGUUACAUGUAUGCUGAUUUGUGGCAUAAGUUCUCACACUCUCUUUUAAACGGCCAGGCACACUUUAGCACUGAUCCUGCAGUCUUUACUCAGGCAAAACUCCCAUCUGAUGUCAUUAAUCAUCGACUCAGAGUUCAGUGGAAGUUUUGCCUAAGCAGAGACUUGAGGAUCACGCUCUGUUUAUGCUGAUCUAUCAAAUACAGCAAGAAGUUUGCAAAUGUAUUUUCUCUGCCAGUGAAAUCAAACUAAACCUGAUGUCCAUCUGACAAAAGUAGGCUGAUCUGACUGUGACAAUUCUAAAAGUGCAAUGUCUCCAGGCUCAAAUCUGCAAGGCAAUGAAUGUCUCCUGAAAGGUGCUGAACUGAGAGCACUCAUCACUUUUCU